AUGGAGGAUUUCUGGGGCUUCUACCUGGGCCAGCACUCGAAGCCGGUGACGCGCCGCUGUCACUUCGCCGGCACGCUUGCGUCGCUCGUCUGCGCACUCCUCGCGGCCGCCACCGGCCGCGCCUCGCUCCUGGCAGCGUGCCCCGUGCUCGGGUACGGCAUGGCGUGGUACAGCCAGAUCUUCGUGGAGGGCAACCGGCCGGCCACGUUCGGCCACCCCGUCUGGUCCUUGCUCUGCGAGUACCGCAUGUUUGCCCUCAUCCUCACCGGCCGCAUCGACGCCGAGCUCGCACGCCUCCGCAUCCGGCCCCCGAGCGACGCCACCGUGCACCAUGAGUGAUCGAUCCCUCUCUUCGCGUUUCAUGGCAACAUCAGUAAAUUUCCAUCGACCGUGUGCACUUACAGAGUUGCAGGUGUGGAUUCCUUGAAAGGAAAAAUAAAUAACACUUGCAGUUGCAGGUGUUAAGAGGGUACUAUCUAUUUUUGGUGCGUAUUUAUCGGGGCAUCCUUCCUGGUGUAUGUGCAUUCGCAGUGUAACAGAUAAUGCCAUGCGGCUUUGCAAUGUGUGAUUUCUUUAGAGACUAA